AUGCAUCACUCGCUUCGGCUCCUGGAGGUUUUGUUCUGUUUGUGUACCAUAUAUGUGACGGUGGGGGCAGCCAAUUCAUCAACAACGAUAUCUGUGACGGGUGCAUAUAAUACUUCGACAUAUUUCAAUUCAUCAACGACAACAUCCAGACAGACAGCCACGUUCACGAACCCCCCUUGGCCCGAGGACACCGUUACUCAUAUCCUUCCCCAGUCGAUAUCAGAUCUCAUAUUUCCCACUGCUGUCCCGCGCCGAGGCAUUCAACCUUCGAACAUCCGUUGUGGGAGAUGGGGUCUACCUCAGUCUCAGACAAACGGCAGAUCUCCGUUAGGUACCAUUGGGAAACAGGGAAGAGGAGGAGCACCUAGGUUUCCUCCAUUCAUCGGUGCCCCUGGGUACGACGUUGGGACCUACGGUAGCAACGGCGCCAGUGACAGUGGGAGUGAGGGUGGAAAUAUCGACUCUGGUGGCAAUGGCAAUAGUAACAAUGUCGACCAGGGCCAUGGCAGUGGUUACGGCGACAACAACAAUGGAGGUGGUGGGUUCGACACCGGGUUUGGAGGUGGAGGAGGUGGAGGAGGUGGUGGCAGCCGCCCGACAACUCUCCCCUGGGGUUCGAGAACUGCCAACAACACCGAUCCCUAUACAAAUCCUCCCGUGACCGGGGUCGUUCGCAAAUACAACUUUGUGAUUGAACGGGCCGUCAUGGCCCCGGAUGGUGUGGAACGAGACGUCAUUGUGAUCAACGGACAGUUUCCUGGGCCUACCAUCGAGGCGAAUUGGGGAGAUACCAUCGAAGUGACGGUGGUCAACGGCAUAACCAGUCCUCAAGAAGGUACUUCACUGCACUGGCAUGGGCUUCUGCAAAAGGGUACCCCCUAUGAGGAUGGCGUCCCCGGUGUCACCCAAUGUCCAAUCGCCCCAGGUCAGACGUUCACCUAUUCUUUCAACGCCGAUUUGUACGGCACCAGUUGGUAUCAUGCCCACUAUUCAGCGCAAUAUGCAGCCGGAGUCUUCGGGGCGAUGAUCGUUCACGGACCGACCAACAUUGACUACGACGAAGACCUCGGCCCGGUGCUUCUGACCGACUAUUACCACGGCAAUUACUUCGACAUUCUGGAGGAAGUCAUGGGCACCGACCUGAGCAAAGUGGCUCCUUUCUCGGACAACAAUCUGAUCAACGGCAAAGGCGAUUUUGACUGUUCCCUCACCAGCAACAGCACCAAGUGUACCCCCGGAGCGGGCUACUCGAAGUUCCAGUUCACAAAGGGCAAGACCUACCGCCUGCGACUGAUCAACGGCGGGGCAGAAGGCAUCCAAAAAUUCAGCAUCGACAACCACCAACUGAAAGUGAUCGCUUAUGACUUUGUGCCCAUCGUGCCGUACACUACAGAGAUCGUGACUCUCGGCGUUGGCCAGCGCGCAGACAUCGUCGUCGAAGCUACUGGCACACCCACCGACGCCAUCUGGAUGCGCUCAGUCAUCAGCAACUGCUCGGCCACGCAUCAACCGUACGGCUAUGCAAUGAUAUACUACCAGAACGCCGACAUCAACAUCAAACCGAACACGACUGCCUGGCCAGACAAUACUGACGGCUGUGCCAAUGACGACCUGAGCCUCACCACACCAUACUUCCCCAUCACUCCGCCCCCGACCCCGGCCACCGAGGUAUCGAUCGACAUCAAUUUUGGCUUGAACGCGACCGGCCAUCUAGUGUGGACCAUGAACAACUCGACCUUCCGGACCUGUUAUAACGAUCCUGUCCUUGCUCGGGCGCAGCAGAAGGGCAGCAGCAGUACUGCCAACGGGACGGCGUUCGUGUAUCCGACAGAAUGGAAUGUUUUCGAUUUCGGCAAUGCCAGCACCAUCCGCAUCAUCGUCAACAAUCUGUCGCCCGUUGCCCACCCAAUGCAUCUCCACGGUCAUAACAUGUAUGUUCUUGACGAAGGCGUCGGUGACUGGGACGGCACGGUCAUCAGACCUGACAAUCCCAUGAGAAGAGAUACUCAGCAGCUAAGGCCUGCUGAUCCGGCAACCGGGGAGCCCGCGUACAUGGUGUUACAGAUCGAUGCGGACAACCCGGGCGUGUGGCCCUUCCAUUGCCAUAUUGCGUGGCAUGUUAGCGGUGGGCUUUACGUGAAUAUUCUGGAACGACCCGAUGAUAUCCCUAACAUCAAAUCCCCCGAUGCGGUCAACGCGCUGUGUCAGACUUGGGACGAUUAUACGCAACUAGGACCCAUUGAUCAGAUUGAUUCGGGGUUAUGA